CGCCCUUUGCUGCCGUCGGAUUCGUCUGCUCUGGCGGCGGCGGGUUGAUUCGGCGCCGCGAUGCCGGAGCCCGGCAACUACGGCCACAAGAAGAACGACGGCAUCUGCAACAGCGUCUGCGGCGAGCCUGCAUCGAAGGCUGUUCUGGCCAUGUCGAGGCUUAAGUGUGCGCUCAGGGGAUUCGAUUUCAGGGUGCUGCUGGCCCUCUUGAUUGGCGUGCCAAUGGUAGUCUUGAUGAUAUACGCGCACGGUCAGAAGGUCACCUACUUCCUGCGCCCAAUCUGGGAAUCUCCUCCCGAGCCCUUCAAGAUAAUCCCUCACUACUACAACGAGAAUGUCACCAUGGAGAACCUUUGCAAGUUGCAUGGGUGGAAAGUCCGGGAGACCCCGCGCCGGGUUUUCGAUGCUGUGCUCUUCAGCAAUGAGCUUGACAUCCUUGAGCUCCGUUGGAAUGAGCUCAGCCCCUACGUGUCGGAGUUUGUGCUGCUUGAGUCCAACUCAACUUUCACUGGCAUGACGAAGCCCCUCCACUUCAAGGAAAAUCGCCAUCGGUUUCGGUUUGCUGAAUCCCGGCUGACGUAUGGUACGAUUGGGGGAAGGUUUGUGAAGGGCGAAAAUCCGUUUGUUGAGGAGUCAUAUCAGAGGGUUGCCCUGGACCAGCUAAUUAAGAUUGCGAAAAUUGAGGAUGAUGACAUAUUGAUCAUGUCAGAUGUUGAUGAAAUCCCAAGUGGGCACACCAUCGAUCUCUUGAGAUGGUGCGACGACACUCCUCAGAUACUUCAUCUUCAGCUCAGGAACUACCUGUACUCGUUCGAGUUUUUCCUGGAUGACAAGAGUUGGAGGGCAUCAAUACACAGGUACAGGUCUGGGACGACAAGGUAUGCGCAUUACCGGCAGACCGAUGUGCUCCUUGCUGAUUCAGGGUGGCACUGCAGUUUUUGCUUCCGCUACAUCAGCGACUUUGUCUUCAAGAUGCAAGCGUAUAGCCAUGUGGAUCGAAUCAAAUUCAAGUACUUCCUGAACCCUGAAAGGAUCCAAGAUGUGAUAUGCAGAGGGGCAGAUCUUUUCGACAUGCUUCCUGAAGAGUAUACAUUCCAAGAGAUCAUUGCCAAGUUGGGGCCCAUUCCAAGUACAUAUUCUGCCGUCCAUCUUCCUAGCUUCCUCCUUCAGAAUGUCGACCGGUACCGGUAUCUUCUCCCUGGAUACUGCAGGAGAGAAAGUGGCUAGGUUUUAUGGUUCACCUGGCACGCUGCUGUGCAGGGGUGCUUACCGCCAGGCUGCCGGAGAGCGGCUGGCACUGGCAGUUGCAUCUGGUAUGAUUGGCUGACUUAGUUGAUGGUUGUUUGGGGAGUGGUUAUGGAUGGGCUCAUGAUUUUGUAACGUGUAAUGGAACAUGGGAGCACCUGACAGCAUAGCGCAUGCUUGAUCGAGGCUUUGGUUACCUUUCCGAAAGAGCUCAACCGUGUCAUUGCUUAUUCAUAUUCCCUCCCUGAUUGAUAUAUAAAACGCAGAGCUGCUGUAGAUUGACACUUAAGUGAAAAAUUCAGUUCCAUAUGCUGUACAAGUGGCCUUGCCCUGCAGAUAAUUACAUGUGCAUGUGUUCAUAUUUUCA